UUAUAUAUGCAUGGUAGUGGUGCUUACUAGUAGUUGCUUUUGUUCACUUGUUCUAGGAGAAUCGAUGGCAACUCUAAUGCUGCAGAUAGCUGAGCAAGAUCAAGAGGUGGAGCAGAUAAAGAAAGAUUUGUUCAAAUUGGCCAUGCAAGGCAAGUGGAACAAUGUCGUCAAGAUCUAUGAGAAAAAACCACAGGCUCACAGGGCCAAGAUCACUAGAUCAGGGGACACAGCAUUGCAUAUAGCUGUCUCGGAUCGCAAAGAAUUUAUAGUAGAAGAGCUAGUCAAAUGUAUCACUGAUGAGGAAGCUAAGGAAGCGAGUACUAGCUUGCCAGAAGGUAAGGGAAAACAAGCAGAAAAAUCUGAACACCCUCUUGAGAUAGCCAACGAGCGGGGGAAUACCCCUCUCCAUCUAGCAGCGUCAAUUGGAAAUGUUCGAAUGUGCCUGUGCAUUGCUGGAGGGCACAGGGAACUGGUGGGUAUUCGCAACAGUGAAAAAGAGACACCUCUCUUCUUGGCCGCUCUUCAUGGUAAGAAAGAAGCAUUCCUUUGUCUCCAUGGCUUAUGUAAACCUGGAGAACACUAUAACUACUGUCGAAGGGGCGAUGGCGAAACUAUUCUUCAUUGUGCCAUCUCUGGAGAAUACUUCGGUUAGUAUUUACUUAAUUUUCAUGCCAUAUUAGUAAGAGGAACACAUGCGCAUAUUUUCAUUUU